UGGUGUUACGGGGCUUGCUUGUUUGUGGUUUUUAUGCUUCUGAAUGUUUAAGUAAUGAUUCUAACGGAAUGGGAUUAUGUUUUGUUGUGAUUUUGCAGAGAAGAAGGAGAAGGUUUCUGAAAUAAAGUCAGGAAUAGAUGAGGCUGAUGUUUUGAUUCGAAAAAUGGACCUUGAGGCAAGAAGUUUGCAGCCAAGUGUAAAGGCCAUGCUUCUUGCUAAAUUACGGGAGUAUAAGUCUGACCUGAAUCAGUUGAAGAGGGAAUUCAAAAGAGUUUCAUCACCUAAUACUAACCAGGUUACACGGGAGGAGUUGCUAGAGGCCGGCAUGGCGGAUCCACAUGCGGUUUCUGCUGAUCAAAGAGAAAGAUUGACCAUGUCAGUAGAGAGACUGAAUCAGUCAGGUGAUAGGAUAAAGGAGAGUAGAAGAACCAUGCUGGAGACAGAAGAACUUGGUGUCUCAAUCCUGGAAGAUCUACACCAACAGCGGCAAACUCUCUUACAUGCCCAUAACAAGCUUCAUGGGGUGGAUGAUGCCAUUGACAAGAGUAAAAAAAUCUUAAGUACCAUGUCCCGGAGGAUUACUAGGAACAAAUGGAUUGUUGCUUCAGUCAUUGCGGCUCUUGUUUUUGCAAUCAUUCUCAUCUUAUUUUUCAAGCUUAAGUGACACACGGAUUCAUCUGGAUAUCAAACUAGUGAUUCUUUCCCCUCUUUUCUCUUUACUAUUUUCUUGAUGUCCAUGUUCUUGUAUAUAGGGUGAUUAACAUUGUGAUGGGCAUGUCCCCCAUUUUAGGCCAUAUACGGUGUAUCUGCACCCCUUGCUUGUUCUGUUGUAGCAUCGUUCUAGAGAUAGACGUUGGCCUGUAUUUCUGUUACUGCAUGUAGAACCAUCUUAUAUGUCUACCCCACUUGAUGGUGGCAAAAGUCGUGGGCAAUGUAUUGAAGCAAGUGAGAAAUAAAUGAUUGGAUUCAUUGCAUCAAAUUUCAUGUGGAUCCCUGUAUUCAAUAUUUGGAUUUAUUUCAUUCCUUUUUAUAUCAA